AUGUCUGCUGCCACCGCCCGUGUUUACGUCACCGACGACUACUCCGCCCCUAUGUCGCCUCAGCACAACUUUGCCAACCACUACGACUUGGACGACCCCACCACCUCCAUGAGCCUCUACGCUCGUGUGAUGCACGAGCACACGAAGCACCAGCUUGAGAGCGCCACCUCCUCUGCUCGGAGACGGUCGCAGGGUGGCAGCAACGCCAGCAUUUCGUCCGAGUCCAGCCACGGCUCCGUCAGUUCCUCUUCCUCAUAG